CACGCUAGUAUCUGCGCAGGCGCAGUGCGACAUAAACAGAAACUUGACGUCUUGUCCGCAGCGUCUGGUUCUCGGACUGUUCCAAAGACCAUAGUUGGCCCGGUGUCCGCGCAGCGCAGUGCGCUAAAUCGCAUCAUAGUCGUUCUCCGUAGAUACCGAAUAUCGUCUUGGAUUCGGCAUUGUAACGGAGAGAGCAUCGGCGACCGGUUCCAUCCGGUUCCUGGCGCCUGCGCACUGAGCCCCUCCACCCAAAAGGAAGAGCCGAGAGAGGCGAUUGUACCCCCAACCCAGUCCCUUGACGGGUCAUUUGGUGGCAGCUCCGAGGAUGGUACAGAAGGACGGUCAGACGUCGGCUGCCUUAUCAGAAGCAGAAAAGGAACCCAGACCCGCCACCCUGGCCCCUGAAAUGACUCCCCCAACCGCGGCGGGCGAGGACACCGAGACAGAGACGUCUUGUCCCCGGAGGUUCCUGUGCGGAGUAGUGGAGGGUUUCUAUGGAAGGCCAUGGACCAUGGAGCAACGGAAGGAGCUUUUUAGAAGGCUUCAGAAGUGGGGUAUUAACACAUACCUAUAUGCUCCAAAAGACGAUUACAAGCACAGAAUGUUUUGGAGAGAAAUGUACUCUGUGGAAGAAGCGGAUCAGCUUAUGACUCUGAUAGCCGCAGCACAAGAAUUUGGCAUUGAGUUUAUCUAUGCCAUAUCACCUGGCCUUGACAUAACUUUUUCAAACCAAAAAGAGGUGUCUACAUUAAAGCGCAAGCUGGAUCAGGUCUCUCAGUUUGGAUGCAGAUCAUUUGCAUUGCUCUUUGAUGAUAUUGAUCACAAUAUGUGCCCGGCAGACAAAGAGGUUUUCAGUUCUUUUGCCCAUGCACAGGUUGCUCUAACCAAUGAAAUUUUUCAGUAUCUCAGUGAGCCAGAGACAUUUUUGUUUUGUCCAACAGAAUACUGUGGGACAUUUUGCUACCCAAAUGUUGCUCAGUCUUCCUAUCUGCAUACUGUUGGAGAGAAAUUGCUGCCAGGAAUAGAUGUUCUUUGGACAGGUCCCAAGGUGGUUUCCCAAGAGAUUCCUGUGGAGUCUAUUGAAGAAGUCACCAAGAUUCUAAAGAGAUCUCCAGUUAUAUGGGACAACAUACAUGCAAAUGACUACGAUCAAAAGAGACUCUUUCUUGGCCCUUUCAAAGGUCGCUCUACUGAGCUGAUCCCAAGGCUUCGGGGAGUCCUAACUAACCCAAAUUGUGAAUUUGAAUCCAAUUUUGUUGCAAUUCACACCUUAGCUACUUGGUAUAAGUCCAACAUGAACGGGGUUAGAAAAGAUGUGGUUAUGACUGACAGUGAAGAUAGCACCGUGUCUAUUCAGAUUAAGCUGGAGAAUGAAGGGAGCGAUGAAGAUAUUGAAACUGAUGUGUUAUAUAGCCCUCAAAUGGCUUUAAAAUUGGCUUUAACAGAAUGGCUGCAAGAAUUUGGGGUUCCAAAUCAGUAUAGCAGUCGCCAAAUAGCCCACAGUGGAGCUAAAGCAAGUGUUAUUGGAAUGAUGCCAUUAGUUUCUGCACCAACCCUCAAUUCAGCAACCACUGUCACAACAGUUUAUCAACAGCCUAUUAUGAGCCAAGGGGCUCCUUUAAGUGCUGAACCCCCAAUGUUGUUAAAGGAAGAAGAGAAAAAGCAGCCUGAGGAGGAACCUAUGGAUAUGGUGGUAGAAAAGCUAGAAGACAUAAAUAAAAACGUUAGCCACAUAUUAGCAGAUAUUUCCGAAACCAAAAUGUCGGAAGAGUUAAAACCAAUGGACACAGACAAAGAGAUUGUGGUUGAAGCAAAGUCUUCUGAAGCCUGCAUGCAAGAGGACUUGUGCAGCGACGUUGCUCCUAUGCAGACAGAUGAGCAAGUAAACAAGGAACAAUUUGUCCCAGGUCCAAAUGAAAAGCCCCUUUAUACAGCUGAAGCAUUGAGUCUCGAGGAUUUACAACUACUUGCCGAUUUAUUUUACCUGCCUUACGAACACGGGCCAAAAGGUGUUCAGAUGCUAAAGGAAUUUCAGUGGCUACGUGCCAAUAGCAGUGUAGUGAGUGUGAACUGUGGAGGCAAAGAAGCCGAUAAAGAGAUUCUGGCUGAGCAAAGAACCCCAGUUGUGAGACAGUUUUCAGCAGAGAGGUCCGAGAUUGCAGAAUGGAGAGAGAGAGCAGCUAAAUUUGAAGAAAUGUGCAGCGUUGUGAUGUCAAUGUUUACUCGCCUUUCCAACUGCCCAAACCGAACAAUCCUUUAUGACUUAUAUCCUUAUGUGUGGGACAUAAAGAGCAUCAUCUCAUUGGUGAAGUCCUUUGUGCAGUGGCUCGGGUGCCGUAGUCAAUCUUCAGCACAGUUCUUAAGUGGAGACCAAGAACCCUGGGCCUUUAGAGGUGGUCUAGCAGGAGAGUUCCAGCGUUUGCUUCCAAUUGAGGCAGCAAAUGACCUCUUUUUUCAACCUCCCCCCUUGACUCCCACAUCGAAAGUCUACACAAUUAGACCAUACUAUCCUAAAGAUGAGGCGUCCGUGUACAAAAUUUGUAGAGAAAUGUAUGAUGAUGCAAUGGACGACCUACCUUUUGAAAGUCAGCCUGACCUGAUUGGAGACAAGCUUGUUGGUGGACUUCUGUCUCAUAGCCUUAACUAUUGUUUUGUCCUGGAAGACGAGGAUGGUAUCUGUGGAUAUGCCGUGGGCACAGUGGAUGUUGCCCCCUAUGUAAAAGAGUGCAAACAUUCCUGGAUUCCGUUCAUGCAGGAGAAAUAUACCAAACCCAAAAGUGACAAGGAGCUCUCUGCAGCUGAGAAAAUAAUGCUGAGUUUUCACGAAGAGCAAGAAAUCCUGCCAGAUUCAUUCCUCGCAAACUUCCCUUCACUAAUAAAGGUCGACAUUCACAAAAAGGUUACCGAUCCCAGUGUGGCCAAAGGAAUGAUGGGCUGUCUCCUAUCUUCUCUGAAGGCUAAUGGAUCCCGUGGUGCAUUCUGUGAAGUGAGGCCUGACGAUAAACGCAUCCUGGAUUUCUACAGCAAGCUGGGCUGCUUCGAAAUUGCCAAAAUGGAAGGAUUCCCAAAAGAUAUAGUCAUCCUGGGAAGGACCCUCUGAAGCUAUAAAAAAAGACGUUUUCUAAAAAAAAAUUACUGAAAGCAGGUAAACCUGGUGAGAGUAUUUGGCACAGAGAUAGAGAGAUCUGGCUUCAAGAUACCACCAUCUUUGCUUAUAUGAAACACUAUUGGAGGCUUGCAUGUGCUUUUUCAUGUGAAAGACAUAUGAAACUCCUGCACACUUUUAUAUCAUCCGAUGUUGCAUUACUCAUCGUGCAUUAAAAAUACUCCUCUUUUUAUUAACGUUCUGAACCGUCCUGCUGUCGGAUAAGCAUAAGAAGAGCUAUUUCUGUUAACGCCAAUGGUAGUUGCUUGAAAACAAACACAGCACUUAUACAGAGAUCAUUAAGACUAAUUAAUCAUAUCCUCUCGGUGUAAACAUAUACAUAUUUCUAGAGCAUCAUCCUCUGGCAGUGCAAGAUUAGCAUGGAUCAUAGACAUAAUGCCUUGAAUCUCCGAAGAAUGACGCGGGACAGCGCCUGUAAAUAUUACUGUAGAAAACCUGUAUGUACAGUCCAAUGUGCUUUUCAUUUGUUUCUUAUAAAGAGUUCGGUGAAGCAUGAGUCGUUUAGAACGAUCGCUACAGACGAGAUGGUGAGUGUUACGGUUACACCCGCCCUGAUUGGUUUACAUUUCAUCCCCUAGUCAUGAUGUUGUAUGCAUUGGGGCUUAGUAUUUCUUCUAGCGGUUAGCCAACAUUGAAAAGCCUUCAUUUCUCCCGUGCUUCUACCAACAAUACAUUGUGAAAAUAGUCAAAACUGUGAAUUUAAGAGAUUAAGGACUUUUGGGGUGUGAUAUAACUCUGAUUCAUUUUUGCUAUUAAAAAAAUCCUGUUUUCAGGUAGUACAGCCAGUUCAGAGUCUACAAUCAUUAUGGUUUCAGGCUGGUAUCAGCCCUAAUUCUAGUACUUAUUAGAUAGCAAAUCCUUUACAAUCUACUAUUUUAAUGAGAAAUCGCACAAAAACAACCUUUGUUAUGCCUGCUGUGUCUGUGACCUUGGUAGGGCAUCGGAUGGGGAAGCUGUUGACCUUUUAAAGAGGAAGUGUCACCAAAACAUUUAAUUGGUAUUUCAUUAUCAAUUCAGAAGCAUUAAAGAUAUGUUUCCAACACCCCCCUUUUACUUUACCUUUCAGUAUCUUCUGCAUUCCUAACUAGGGUUUGGUAUGAGUUUCAGGUGCCAUGUUGGACCUAUAGCAGCUCCCAU